GUCUCCGCGUUUAUUUAUAUCCCAAAUAACUUUAGAGAUUCUCGAACUCUUAGUUUUCGUCAAUACACCAACAGCUACAGACGCACAUUCUAUAUUCCAGAAAAGUGGUUGAUUUUAACAUUAAUAUGGCUUUAAAACUUGAAACUGAAACAAAAAUCGACUCGGAACCAUGUGUGGUGGCUUGGGAUGGUAAAUUGUAUGUUGGUACAGAAGAUGGGUCCGUAAAAACAUUCGAUGCGAACCUAACUCCUGGAGUAGCAUGGUCAGCCCACGGGGUGCAGGUGUUUGCUAUCGCUGCACAAGGUGGAAAAGUGUACACGGCAUCUAACGACGGGGGUAUCAAGGUUUGGUCGGAUCAGGGAAACAAAGUAGCUGACCUGAAGACCACCGGUGAUGGAGACAUUUGUGCGCUACGUGUCUUUGACAAAGAACUCUAUGCUGGUGAUGAAGCUGGAAAUGUUUUGGUUUACGAGAACAACGAAGAAAAAGCAAGAUACAAUGUAUUAGAAGAAGUAAAGGAUUUGUGGUUCAGUCCACCAUUUCUAUUUACAGUUAGAGACUUGGAUGUUACCGUUACUGAAAUUAAACCGGAUGAUUCGAAAUCUCGUUUCGUUACAAGACACACGAUGGAGGGUCGUGCGCCAUUGCGUGUAGCUGGCAGGCGCCUCUUGGUGUUGGCAAGAGGAGGCAAUAACCUCCGAUUGCACGAUGCAUCAGUGGACACUAAAUUUAAACAAUUACACGAAGUUAAGGUUAGCGAUAUGAUAGUAACUUCUCUGUCAGUGAGUGGGGACUAUGCUUGGACAGGUGGCUGGGAUGGGAUCAUGCGCAGGUGGAAGAUUGGAGAAGAUGUUUUGGAACCCGCUGGAGAGAUCAAUGUUGGCUCAUGUAUUAAUGGUCUUAUCAGUACUAAUGAUGGUACUUAUGGUGUUUUAGCAGGUGGAAAAAUUAUUCGUGUAAAAUCUGUGUAGUCAUAGUUUGUUGUAAUGCAAGACUGGUUAAUAUUAAUAAAUAUUGAAUAGAAAGUUUU